AUGUAUGAGCGACAGCGGGUCUGGCGGGCGUGCCAAGCAUGUCGAAAGAAGAAGGUCAAAUGCGACGGGGAGCAACCUUGUCAAUGUUGUACACGCAACAAGGCAGAGUGUGUCUAUGUUGAACCACAAGGCAAUAGGAGAUUGGUGGAUCCGCAAUAUGUGUUGAAACUUGAGAGCCGUUUAUCACUCAUGGAGCAAAGACUCCGACAGCAAUCGGUUGCGCUGGAGGCCAGAGAGGGGGCCUCUGUACUGAAGCCCAGCACAGUGACUAGUAUGGACGAUCACCAGGACUUGAAUCACUAUUCCUGUGCCGAGGGAGGGGAAUCGGCAACUACCGUGGCCACUUUAGCCGACGAGAGUGCGCCUUCCGACUCGCGAGUGGGUCACUUGCGAGGACCCUCAACAGACACGGCGGUCCAGAGACAAGAACGACCAACAGCGAUCCCUCUGUCUAUAAGACGUAGCAGCGAUGACGAUUCGGCUUUUGACGGUUACAAUACGGAUAAUGCAUCGAUUGAUGUAACACAUCUUGAAGAGUCACUAAUGCAAGUCCUAAUCGACUUCUUUUACCAGUCCAUCUACCCUAUCUUUCCAAUCAUUACCCAACGCAGAUUCCGACAACAAUAUAAUUUGUGGUCAGUUCAAGAAGGAGGCAAGACAUUUACUGCUGCCAACGAUUUUCCAAUUCUUCUUUACGCAAUUUUGGCGGUCGCUGCUUCAGUGAUACCAAAAGACCACGAAGUCUUCGCCGAGGCAGGCUUCGAAGUGUACAAAUGGAUAGAUCUUGCAGAGCUAUUGUACCGGCAUGCAAUCUCGCUGAGUACAGGCAAAUCCUACCAGCCAAGUCCUUCAGCAGCGAUCAAUACUAUCGCUGCACAAGGUCUUCUCAGCCUCUAUCUUAUUGAGCGAGGCAAAGUGAACGACGCGUGGGUCACUGCGGGACAUGCAAUUCGCCUAUAUCAAGGCUUUGACCUAAAGGACAGUGUCAAUCUUGCUGGCGAGGCAAAUGAGCUACGUCUUGCGCAUACCAACCUCUGGUGGUGUCUUUACAUCUUGGAUCGCUCCUUGUCAACGGCACUUCUGAAGCCAUUAGCAAUUGACGAUGCGGAGAGCGAGAUCGAUUCUUGCGAUGGGGAAAACUACAGCGCAUCAUCUGCUGCACAAAAUGCAAAUCCCUGGUUCUCGGUUAUCGCAGACUUUCACAUUACCAUGGGCCGCAUUUACAGAUCUGUGAGGUUGAUUCGAAAACCCGAAUCAUCCCAGAAUAUAAAGCUCAAGGAUACGCUUCGAUCCUAUGUCAAAAGACACGACGCUGAGCUGGAGAAAUACUAUACAAAGCAAGUUCUGCCGAAACUGGAGACCCCUAACUCAGAAGUGGGACGUCUUGCAUUGCAAGCAAUUGCUGUCUCAUCUUACCACAUUGGGCUUGUCCUCCUUUAUCGCACAUUUAUUGAGCGCUUCAAUAUUGCCGAGCCCGAGGCAUUUUUGCGUUGCGCGGAGGCUGCAUCUAACUGCAUCAAAGCCUCUCCGCAGGUAAUUGCCCAUGUUCCGGCAAGCCACUUCGUGAUUCAGCAGAGUCGAGCCAUCUUUGCAAGUGCAAAGGUCCUUUUGCAUUGUAUGCGCUUAGCACGCAACCCGAGCUUUACCAGAAAGGCCUGGAUGGAUGUCGAGAGCGGCUUGAACAUGCUUCGAGAGGUGAAGAUCCAGUGGCCUGAGAUCAAGAAGUAUCAACUUUUGACAGAAGAGGACAUGCGUCUGACUCAAAAUGAGCUUAGCAAGCACGAUUUGUUUUACCAGACCUUUGGUAAUUUUGGGCAGAGGGCUUGUACAAGAGACAACGAGGAAAGUGAUACACCAGGUGCGAACAGGACACAUUCGAUUCAUUUCCCCGAAGGUUCGCUUGAUUUUCAGGGACUUGAUUAUUCACCCUGGGAGCUCUCGAAUGACUCAAUAAUCAAUAUACUCGAUACCGAUUGCUCACAAGGUGCGACUUCGUUUAAACAUAGUCGACUCGACGACCCUUCCCAACAACAUUCCAAGCGAAGAAAGCUAUCUCCACUGCCCUCUCGGCGUCUCUCAUCUUCUAAUGAUCUUCCGACCCUGGAGAUGCUUCCGAUAUUAAGGGAUUCAUCUGAUUGCCCCAUAAUGGACCACAUGAUCACAACUGGAGGCUUGUUUCUUCCCGAUGUUUCCCCUCGACAAAUCGCCUCAGAGGAAGUUUCUACCUCCUUCUUCGGAGACGCAAUGUUGACGGAUUCGAUUGAUCAAUUUUUCUCUCAGCCUGAUGGUUAA